AUGUUUCUUCCAACCGGCGCGAUAGCGGGCAUAGCUGUAGGCGCAGUCUUUAGUGCAGCUACAACGGCGUUUGUGCUGAUCCUAAUGUAUCGCCGGGCCGAAAGGCGCAAGAAUAUCAGAAGAAAUCGAGCCAGCUUGAUACGAACUUAUGGAAACGAGGCAAAGCCGUAUGGCGUCAGUGUUGUUGUGAUGGAGCAAUCUCUGAAGCCGAGACCUGCAAAGUUCGACUGGAAGAUGUUGGAAAGGUACGAGAUGCCAGGAGUAGAAAUAUGGCAGCCGAAGGAGGGACGUCCGGUGGUACAAGAGCUACCAGGUUGCUACGGGGUUGGGAGGUAG